ACAAAAGCUGUUCUUGAUUUGGCUGCAAAGGUUAAGCGCAUAGUUCUUCUGUCAGGGACACCUUCUUUAUCCAGGCCAUAUGACAUUUUUCAUCAGAUAAAUAUGUUAUGGCCUGGUUUACUGGGACAGACCAAGUACGAUUUUGCAAAAACUUACUGUGCAGUUAAAUAUGUCUUGACUUCUGAAGGGAAACGUUUCCAGGAUUUCUCAAAGGGCAUUCGCUUGGAGGAACUUAACGUGUUGCUUAGACAAACUGUUAUGAUAAGACGUUUGAAGAAGCAUGUUCUGGAACAAUUACCACCAAAACGUCGAAAAAUUAUAAGACUGUCAUUGAAGAGAUCAGACAUUAUGUUAGCAAAGACCGCUGUUGGGACUGUGAAUAAUGAUGUUUCUGAAGAUAGUGGUGCUUCUUGCAGAUUAGACGAACUCUCCUAUCAAGAGCUUGGUAUUGCAAAAUUCUCUAGGUUUUGUGAAUGGCUUUCCAUUCACCCGCUCUUUUCAGAAUGGGAUGGUGUAGCAGAAUUAGAUGCAAACCGCAAUUCCCAAAAAAUGAUAAUUUUUGCUCAUCACCAUAAAGUCCUUGAUAGAGUGCAGGAGCUCAUAUGUGAGAAAGAAGUUGGUUUUGUUCGCAUAGAUGGAAGCACACUUCCCAGAGAUAGGCAAUCAGCUGUAUUGUCAUUCCAAUCAUCAAAUGAGGUUAAGGUUGCAAUAAUUGGUAUAACUGCUGGGGGUGUUGGACUUGAUUUUUCCUCAGCCCAAAAUGUUGUGUUCCUGGAGCUGCCUCAUUCUCCCUCAUUAAUGCUUCAGGCUGAGGAUAGAGCUCACAGGAGAGGGCAAACAAAUGCAGUCAAUAUAUACAUCUUCUGUGCAAAGGACACUAUGGACGAAAGACAUUGGCUAUACUUGAACAAGAGUCUACAUCGUGUUUCAUCCACUACAAAUGGAAAAUAUGAUGCAGUACCAGAGAUAGCGGUUGAUGGUGUUUCUUACUUAGAAACGCCUGGCAAAACUCAGAAAAAUUCCGAGAAUCAAGUUUCGGAUGAAGCCUCAUAUGGUGAGCUUUCUGCUGUCAAACUUGGGAAGCUAACUGAUCUUUGCUCAGCACUCAACACAGAACCUUUUGAAAUUGAAACUCCUGAUGAAGCAGCUGGCAUGUUACUUGAUAGAUCCAAAGGACAUUCUAGUUCUGGUGCCAGUGCAUAUCAAACAGAUGAUAUUCAUCUUAAGGCUAAUGUGGUCCCUGACCGAGAACUGUAUGACUAUUUUGUUGCAAGUGGAAACCUAGAGAGAGAUGUAUCAGAAAGUGAACUUGGCUCUGCUUGCGGAGUUUCUUCUUCUUUGUUGGACAAAGAAAAUGAAAGCAAGGAUCAGAUAGAAAAGAAAAUGCAGGAAAAAAUUUUUGGUCCACAAACAACAGAAGUGGAUGACCUUGGAUCUGCUCAGGAAAAUGAAGCUGAUGAAUCCUUCUCCAGCCAAGUACAUUCUCUGCGCUUUGAGGUGAGCAAAUAUACUGGGAGGAUUCACCUGUAUUCCUGUAGUUUGGGUACAGACUCAAGACCACAGCCACUAUUUGAGAAUUUCCGCCCAGAGGAACUUGAGUCGCUCAAUUCUGCUCCAGCCAAUGAUAACAAGGAAACAACUACUAGAUCUUUCAAGAGCAACCCAGCAUGUAGUCGUGCUCUUCUUGCAUUUAUUAAUGAGUGGAACAGCCUAAGGCCCAUUGAGAGAAGGAAAUUAGUUGGAAAGACUUUGCAGCUUCCUAUAUCUAUUGAGUUGUGCUACUUGAAUGAAAAUAUUAACCACGGCAGUGAGGGACUGCUGAAGGGUGGAAGCAAACGGCGGAAGACUCCUUUGUGCGAGAUUAGCUACCCUUUACCAUCCAAUGCUGUUUGGAAGAAGGUAAAUCUAUCUGGUAGCUAUGGCAAGAAGGAAAAACAAUAUACACAGGGUUGGACCAUAAUGGAUGAGCCACUCUGUAAACUCUGUCAGAUACCAUGCAAGGGAAGCAAUGCCACGACACCUGAAUUUUUUGAGGAUCUUUUCUGUAACCUUAGCUGCUAUGAAGAAUAUCGAAUAAGGACUAGUAGCAGAUCCCUUCGACAGGAACUUUUCCAAAUAGAACAUGGGGUUUGCAGAAAUUGCCAGUUGGACUGCCAUCAACUUGUGAAGACCAUUAAACCUUUAUCACUGGAGAGACGAAGAGAAUAUAUUGAGAAAAUAGCACCAAAUUUGGCAAGUCGGAAGAAUUUGAUUGAUAAGCUUGUCAAUGAUCCAUCUGAAGGUAACGCAUGGCAUGCAGAUCACAUCAUUCCUGUCUACCAGGGUGGAGGUGAAUGCAGACUGGAGAACAUGAGGACUCUCUGUGUUGCUUGCCAUUCUGAUGUUACUGCUGCACAACGUGCUGAACGACGUCUAACAAGGGCCAAGGCUAGGGAACAACUGAAGAUCAUCAUGAAUCAACUCAAAGACCAGAAUCUGGAGGAGGGUAACAGUAAUUUUAAGGGCCAAGGACGUUCCGAAAUGCAAGAAGAUGUAGUUGACGAGCUUUUAGUCAAGGUUCCUGGAAGUGCCUAUUCUGGAAAAGACACAAAUCCCGGAAGCGAAGACUUGAAAUUAUCCAAAGCUGAAGAUUGAAGAGAACUACAGUGAAGGAGCAUUUUAUCAUUUCAUUUGAAUGUAAAGAAUCCUGAAGGAUCCUUCAUCAGGGGUCCAAUGAGAAAUACAAUGAAGAAGUAUCCUAAUGAAGGAUCCUUUACCGUGACUACAGUUAGUUAGACAGGUUCAAAACGGCCAAUUUACUUUUCCUGUUUAGCAGUACGACACCUUAUGCAUGCCUACUUCAUAAUUUGUAAAUAUUAAACUCUUAAUUGCAAAAUCAAAUACCUACGUGGAGAAAUGCUCUAAAAAGCGCGUGGAGACCUGUAUUUGAUACCUCUAUGACAUCAAUUAUUAAUUAAAAAAAUUUAUCAAUUAUUAUUUCUGUUA